AUGGCGGAAGAGGGCCAAGGUGCGUCUGCCUUCCCAUCCCAAUACGAUGAGUCCGGCAUGACAUCCUUUGACAGAGUCGAGGCCGAGCUUCGCGGGGAGCAGCUCAAGCUGGUCUGCGACCUGUCCACCGGUUCCAGAGUGGAGGUUGUCUGUAACGUGGGGCACGAUGUCGCCUAUGCAAAGGGUCAGGUGGCAAGACAAACAGAGAUUGAAUACGGACGCCUGCAGUUCUACCUGGAAGACAAGCUGAUGUUCGACCCACUGUCCUUCAAUGAUUUCCCAGCGAUCAUGGCCAAUGCUAGCAAGGAGGUCGUCCGUCUUCUCACGCUUCAUGGGUGCCCUCGCACUUCACGGCACGCCAAAACCACUCAAUCGGGCCAGGUGCAUGUCAGAGUGGACGUGGCACCUCCAAUUCCCGAGUGA